AUGGGUUUGGCUGUCAUGUCGCGCGGCUCUAGGCCAUAUGUAGUUGUCUCCCCCACCGCCUUCCGCCUUCACCCGCCCCCAUCCGUCAUCCCCAGCGACCAGCCAUAUCCCCGUCUUCGGCGGCGAUCGAAUGCCACUUACCUUCAAUCUCAAUCCCGCAUCAUUGAUCUUAGCCACCCAGACCAUUUCAACCCCACCGUAACCAUUUCCUCUGGUUAUGCGCUUGAUGCGCUCUAUUGA